AUGGAAAAUCCAGUGGCCGAUAUACCUGCCGUCAUCCGGCGUCUGACACAGUCGCCGCCGUCUUUGCAGGAAACAGUUAUUAAGGAAUAUUUCACCAACAAUGCAUCUUUUGUUCAUCCAUUCUGCCGAGUUCCCAACUUUGAAGGUAGCAGAUGGUGGAUUUCAAAGAUAUUUCAAUGGUAUAAAAUCAUGUCACCACGGAUCGAGCUAGAGAUUCAUUCUAUUGCAUUCGAUGAGAAAAAGCUCAAGCUCUAUGUGAACAUGUCCCAGAUCUUCUCCAUCUGGCUUGUUCCCUUCCAUGUCGCUCCCGUGACUCUCACAACGGUCUUGGAUUUGACAUAUGAAUCGGCCAAGAGUGCUGCUACCACCAAUGGUGACCAUAAACUUUACUACAUCUUAAAGCAAGAAGAUCUGUACCAAACAUCGGAGUUCAUCAAGUUUCUCAUGCCACAUAUCGGGUAUUGGAUUGUUUUCGGUUGGCAUCUCAUUGCAACCCUGUUCUGUGUCCUAGGUGUGACUUUGCUAUGGCCUAUACUAUGGCUGGAAGAGAAAGAUUAUAUCCCAGGUCGCUUUUUGCGAGGGGGUAAUUUGGCUUACAACAUGGACAAGAAAAUACCGGAAAUAAAAGGGCAAUAA